AGUAAUUGUUUUGUGCUUGCAGCCUCCCCUUCCUUGGCCGGGUUGCUAUGAGUUUGCCUCUCGAUCCAAAGCCCUUCCUAAAUGGGCUGACUGGGAAGCCAGUGAUGGUGAAAUUGAAGUGGGGAAUGGAACAUAAGGGCUACCUCAUGUCUGUUGAUGGCUACAUGAACACGCAGCUUGCGAAUACAGAAGAGUACAUUGAUGGAGCACUGUCUGGACAUCUUGGUGAAGUUCUGAUAAGAUGCAAUAAUGUCCUUUACAGAAGAGGUGUGGAGGAGGAGGAAGAAGACGGGGAAAUGAGAAAAUAACUAUUUUUGGAAUUGUUUUUUUUUAAGUCAAAGAUC